AUGAGUGACUCAAAGUUUAAAGGUGAGAACUCCUCACAGGUACGAAAUACUGGUUUAACGCCUCUACCCGCAGCGGUCAGUGGAGCAUUAAGCCACAUGUCCGUUAUCGACACCAGCCUUCGGGCUAUAACGGAAAAGAUGGACUCUUUUAAUACUCUGCAAGAGUCGUUGAAUAACAUGCAGAAGGAUCUGUGGAAUGAGGAUGGAUUAGAUGACAGAAUUAGAUACAUCGCUCAACAGCAUGAAGACAACCAGUCUGAAAUUGAAACUUUAAAACAGGAAAAUAUUACCCUCCGUAAGGAACUUCAUCUGUUGAAGUCGAUUGUUGUGAAUUUAGACAGGAAAGUGACACAACAAGAAAGUGAGAUUGUAGAUCUGAGAGGAAGAUCUAUGAGAGAUAACAUUCUAAUCCAUAAUCUUGCAGAAGAGGAAAACGAGGAUCUUAAUGCAAAAGUUCACCAGAUCAUAAGUGAUCAUUUAAAACUGGAUAUCGGUUUCGUCAGAAUCCAUCGUAACGGACUUCGAAUGCCAGGCAUUACAAAACAAGUAAAGAUAAUGUAA